ACUUGGCCGACCUCUUAAACACCUGGGCGAUCAAUCAGUAUAUAUCAGAGGCAAGUCUAACAUACACAAUACUCUGUACACUUUAUACUUUCAUUAUUUAAAAUGAAACAUAAGAUCGACCAGAGAUUGUAGCCAUCUUGCGAUGUAAUUUAAUUAUAUAGUAAAAAUUUGAUAAAAAGAUAAAAUCAACUAAAAAACAUAAUAAGUACCGUGAAAAUUUCAAUUUCUCCGAUCUGGCAAUAAAUUUACGGUGAUGGUGCAGUCCAUCCAUAUUAAAUAACAAUGAAUUCGAAAGGAAGGAAUCUCCGUAAUGUUCGAAACUGUCGUGUGUAAAAGCUGUUGGCUUCGAGCGCGACGUGAUCGAUACGCAAUCGUUCCGCCGAGUAUCUCCGAAGUUAGCCGAGAGAGUCGAAGAUAACCGAACAGCCACGAAGUUGGCCGAGUUACAGUGAGCAAACGACGCGUACCGAAGAACGCGGGGUCUUCUCCGGCUUGGAUUGAAACAUCGUUCGCGUCUACGGGCGCGGUUUUGCGUCUCGAGCUGGCGUUUUACACGGUAAAAUGUCCUCCCUCGACUAUCUGGACCUGUGUCGAUUAUGUCUUGUGAAGGAUCGUGUUUCGGUGCCAAUUUUCGAGGGUGAGGGAGACGUACGGCAAAUAUUUCUCAAGAUCGCCGCUUGCCUACCGGUCAAGCUUACAAGAGAAGAUAAGUUACCCAAAAAAAUAUGCGAUGAUUGUGUGUAUAAAGUAGAAUUAUUUUAUCAAUUUUGGAAUACUACUGCGAACGCAGAGAAACAACUAUUACAAUGGCUGGGAGAAGUCAGUUUAGAAGACAAACAGGGUUAUGUUACCAAUGUUCUCAAUACGAGUGUAAUGAAACAAGAACAGAAUUCAGAGAACAGGUUAGAUGGCAAUGUGAUGCAGCAAGUGGGAGAGCAUCAAAACAAUAUGGGGAUGGCUAUGAUGGACAACAUGGGUUUGGGUAUACCCAUGAUGAUAUCAAGUGCUAAUCAACAACAAAUCACCUCAGUUCCUAUGGACACAAGCAGUAAUACUGUACAAACCGUUCAGGCAGUACCUGGUCCAAGUUCACAAACCACACAUAACCAAAUACCGCAGAAUCAAACAAGCACUACGCAACAAGAAGAUGAAGAGGAAAGUAGUGAAGAUGAUGAAAACUCUGAUGAAGAUUGCGACGGGGAUGAAGGUCUACCUGUAAAAGAAGAAAGUGAAGAGGAUCCCAGCAAUAGAACCAUAGAGCCCACAACCUUUGUAAAUGUUUCCCUGGCAUGCGACGAGGCAGGUCCUUCUGGGCUACAGCAACAAAAAAUAUCAGAUAUGCCCGAGAUGCCAAUCCCACAACCAACUGACGGGGAUCCCAAAUCUGGGAUUCUGAAUGGGGAUGGACGUUUUAUAUACGGCAAGGAAUCAAUUCCGAUGCAAGCGUGGCAAGUAGUCGACGUUGAGGGUUGCCUGUACUAUGCCUUCCUUCCAGCAAAUCCAUCAAAACUCUCAGAAUGUGAAAAAACAGUCGCAAAACCAACAGAUGAUACCCUAAAGAACAAUGAUGACGCGGAAGAAAUUUUUAUGAUUCCAGCUGAUAACGAGGCAAGCGACAAUCUAUCCCCUAUUAAAAUAAAAAAGGAAGAUAUGGACGAUGUUUCAUCGACGAACGAAGAUCACUAUGACGACACCAAUGUCUAUGCUUGCGAAGAGUGUAACAUCUGUUUUCCGGUGAUGCAGAUGCUAAAACGACACAGAAACGCUGUUCACGAACAAGCCCAGCGCUACAAGUGCAAAGUCUGUUUCAAAAUAUGUCGCAGUCUGGUCGCCUUCAAGAUGCAUGUCGCUUUGGAGCACAAAACUGAAGAGGCAGAAGCAAAGGAUGUCGAAAGUCUAACGUAUGCCUGCAACUUCUGCAACUACGAAAGUACAAACAAAUCUACGCUUCAUUCUCACAUUAGUAGAAAACACUCGACCAAACGUAUAGGUAGACGACAAAAUAGCUAUAGGUACUCUACAGAACCUGAAGAGUACUCUUGCGACGUAUGCGAAUUUAAAUGCCAGAAUAGACGUAGAUUAAAGGAACAUUUAGAACGUAAGCACGCGUCAGAGUAUAAAUACGAUUGCGAAUAUUGUGGCAAAAAGUUCAAAGUCAAAGGCGACAUGAGGUUACACAUACGUUUUAAACACAAAGAAGGACCCAUAGUUUGCGACGUGUGUGGGAAAACGUGCUCGAAUAGUAACUCUCUGUAUGUGCACCAGAAGUGGGCACAUUUCAAACCAAAGUACGAGUGUGAAAUUUGCAAAAGACGUAUGGUCACUCAAGAGAAUCUCGAUCAACACAUUUUGCUGCAACACGAGAGACGGGAGAGUUUCGUGUGUGAAGAAUGUGGAAAAUCAUUCACAGAGAAUCAUCGAUUAAAACAACACAUGAUGACGCAUACUGGGGACAGACCUUACGAUUGCCACAUAUGUGGUAAAGCUUUUGCGCGUCGCACGGCUUACAGGCAACACUUGCUUAUUCAUACGGGUAAACGACCAUAUCUCUGUGAUAUUUGCGGUAAAACGUUCACGCAGAAGCCUGGCCUGAUUUGUCACCGAAAAUCACAUCCUGGAGUGCAUCCUCCAUUGCCAGUGGUGCAUAUAGAACAUAUUCUUAGCGACUUUAUGAAGAAAGAAUGAUUUUAUCGUGGGAAUAGACGCGUGUGUCGUGCACAUUUAAUGAUGAACUGACGUUAUAAAACAUGGAAGUUGAUCUUCUUAAUCCAGCUAUUUUUAAACUUACUACAUACUUGAUAUUUCUUUGGAAUGAUCUAAUUCGUUCCUCGUUCAAAGUCUAACAUUACUCUCAGUGACUGAGUAAUUUCUAAAGCUACAAUUUGUAUUUCCAUGAAUUGCAGAUAUCAAGUUACUUAAUGCUUUAUCAAUUAAUAAUAUUAGCGAGUGAUUUAUGAUUUCUAAUUUCAACUUCGUGUUAGAGUUUUUCCUAUUUUCCUAAUAUUCCUAAUAUUCAAACCCGAUUGAAAUGGAAACUUUGAAUUCAAUUGAAAUGGGGACCAGAUUGAGGCAUUAAAAAUUCGACGGUUGUGGCAGAGUCAAAUGGACUGGAAAAAUGACUUUCUUGCAGAAGGAUGUGAAGCAGUAUGAAUACCUGCUGUCAGAAAUAGACUUUCCUCAUGAUCAUCCUUCUGGAGGAAUUAUAUACAUAUCUGGAUUAAGAAAAAGAUUCUCGUCAUCGAAAAAGAUGUUCAUCAUACCAGAAGAUUUUAUAUUAGUUAAUUAAAUUAACUUCAAUUUGUUGAAUCAAUUGUAAGAUCAGUAUAAAGCAAAAAUCGAUCUUCCUCGAUUCGUUAUUAACACGCUGUGUUAUUAAUUGUAUUACAUUCUUAUUAAUCGAGAUGGAAAAUUACGAAGGGGAAAUCUUAAAUUCUUAAUUCCCAGUUAAUUUUUCGCUUAACUUCAAUUAUCUAAUUUUUAUGGUUAUGAUUUUAUUAUAAUCCGAACGUGAACGUCGAUGUUUGUAUUUUAAUAUUUUCAAACAUUUAUUUUCCCACGCUUUCAUUCAUUUUCGUGUACAUACUCCAUUCGUAAAAAAAAUAUAUAUAUAGUUUUAUACGAUUCGUUUCUACCAGAUUAUGUGAUUAUUGUAGAAACGAAUCAUUUGGGGGAAUGAAUAACAAGAUGCAUUGUGAAAUAUAUUGUAUACAAGAUGAGAUUAUAAAAAUUUAUUUUGA